AAACACCAUGCUUCACGAUGACUACUUUCCUCCUCCAUGGCAGGCCCAGUUCCGGAAGUUGUCCGAACAGGUGCGAGAGGUCAGUAUGGAAUUCUCCCGGCGCUUUAGACCCGCCUCUGCCAUACAGUCCUCUUACUAUUUGGAUGGUCAACCUGUUACCCGCCCGUCGGCUAAGAACUCCACCCACGUCUACCGUUCCCAGCUAGCCUCCAGUCUGAGAGCGUUCCAGAAGAGAGUUCCCAGGGAACCGCUGGAUGUUGAAGAGACCCAGGUGUUACACUGUCGUCCCGUCAGUUCGUGCUCUAACAACAGAAAAGAAGGCACAACUGGCGGCCAACGGUAUUUAUCCUCGAAGAGUAAGGGAGUUAUGAGGUCAGCCCGUCCUAAGUCUGUCCCUGCCCGAUCAUACCACAGCACAUCCACGGAUCAAGCUCAAGAUCCUGUUGGCGACUACUUUAGCACCAUCGACUCACAGCUACUGUCUCGUUUAGUGCUUCUAAAGAGACCCCAUUCCGCCUAUGGUGAUCGCGUGCCGUCUUUAGACAGUCUGACGUCUGGCGGAUCACCCACAGAGAAUACAACUCCGCGGAGACAAAAUAGAUCUGGGGAGGAUGUGAGCUCGAUGAGCGGGCUAGAGAGUAACCUGACGGACGACAGCGACUACCCGGACGAUGAGGCCGGUAAAGGGGAGGAGCCACUUCUGGACAGGCAUCGGGACAUCGCCCAAAUGACUCUGAGACCCGAGAAAUGGGAUGACAUUUACAACCCACCCACGCGAAAUGAUCCAAGAAGAUUUGACUUUGACGCCGAAACCAUCGACCUUCCCGAAUACGAGUUUGCUGACCCUUUGCCGGAUUACUGCGCUGGCCUUGACCUCCUAGCAGUGAACUCGCCCCAAAAUCCUCUCAACAUGGUGGCUAAGGAAACAGGUGAUAGCCGCCUGUUAAUUCAUCUCAUUAAGCGAUUAGCAGACAUGGAAAAGUACCAGACAGAGACCGUACAGGCUGAAAACAAGAGGAAAGAAAAGCUAAGGCAAAGUAUCGCCCGGCCUAAGCUAGUAAAGACUCCUACUUUCAGUGGAAAUGUUCGAGACAGAAGCUGUUCGUCCGAAUGUCUUCAGAUUGCGUGCACAGGAAACUGUCCCUGUAAGAGGAACCAGUCUGACCGAUGUGGUCACCAUGGCGACACUGUCAUACAUGCCGGAAGUGUCGAUGUGGAAUAUGACCUGUGCAUGCGCCAAAAUCAAUCUCCACCUGAGUCCUCUAAAGUCCCGGAGCGCCCGUGUUGGUCGCAAUCGUGUAACUCCUGCAAAAAGGGCCAUAUGGCCAAGUAUAUUAAUGCAAAUAAUGUGAUUUUAGGGCGCCCUCGCUCCGGUAACUCAACUUACAGUAGUGGGCAGGGAACUCGGAAACUAAAGGACCUCAGAACGAAGGAUUCCUCCCAGCUAACUUCCGGUGUUGUGUCAGAAUUUGAAAAGCUUGGCAUGAAAACAAACAAACCUCCUUACUGUAAAUCACGUAUUCGACCUAAAGGAAGGAAUGCUAUUUCACCAGGCAAAAGUUUUUUCUCCCAAAGAAGAGAGUCUUUGACAAAAUUGACAACAAAGCAAAGACUACAAGCAAUGACGGGAAUAAAAAGCACAGCUAAACGUGCUACGAGGCGCCCACUUACGGCGGAAUAGCCAGUGCUGUGUCGGUAUUUCAUUUUGCUCACUCCAAAUGUAGAACGACGCAAAAAGAACAUAGAAGUGUGCCGAGAUGCAGAAAAUUUUUGUAAAAGAUAUCUUACAAGUAGUCGCGGUUCGUAGAGUGUCGGAAAUCUAUGAGAAUGUCAUGUCUGUACAGAAUCAUUUUUGUUCAUUUUUCACUGAGUGCUAAUUUACGCAUUAAUGUUAAGCUGUGAUGGAUUUCCACAACAUCACUAGCUGAGAUUUGAACGUUUAUAGCAUCACGUGGGGCAAUGUAACGGUAUGUGCCUGUCUUCUUUAUGAAUUAGAACGUAGGUAUAAAAUGUAAGACAUUAAAUCUUGAGUAAUCGAUAUAAAUUUAUUUGUUCUUUUAUAUGUCAGCCUGUGACAUGAAUCGUCAGGAAGAAGAGGUCGAUAGAGAGCACAACCCUUAGCAAUAGUAGGUGUGGAGUUGGGUGGUGAUGUUUGCCUUGUGAGGCUUGUUUAUCAUAACGGUAUGUCUUAGUCAAUAAAACCUCCUCUUUUCGCCAAAGCGCAGUGAAUUGUACUUUUCUAAUAGGUUUGUCGAUUUCAAAUUAAAAACUAUAUAGGCUAUGACUAAACUGUAUGAGAUGUGACUAAACUGUUUGGGAUAUGACUGAACUGUUAGGGAUAUGACUAAACUGUAUGGGAUGUGACUAAACUGUUUGGGGUGUGACUAAACUGCAUGGGGUAUGACAAAACUGUAUGGGAUGUGAAAAAAUUGUUUGG